AUACAGUAGCAAGCUGGUAACCAUAACCAUCCCUUCGGAAUACGGUGGUACACGCCUGGAAUACAGCCCUGAAAUGGUAGAGGCAGGAGGAUUCAAGGCCAACCUCAGUUAUAUUAUGAAUUUGAAGGCAGCCUUGGGUAUGAGAUAGCCUGUCUCCAAGAACCAUCAUGGCACACAUGCCUUUAAUCCUGCCACUCAUGAGGCAAAAGGCAGGCGAACCUGAGUGUGAGGCCAGCCUGGUCUACUUGGUGAGACCCUUUCUCAGAAGCAAGUACUGUCCCUGUGGCCAGAUCCCUAGCAUUGCUCAGUUUGCACCUGAGCACCUAGCUGCUGCUUGGAGAGCCGCCCUCCCCCCAUGCCCUGACCAACUAAGGCAGUUUGGUAUCACAACCAAUGUCCUUUUCUCUGCUUUGACCCACAGCAGGGUGGGGAGAGCCUGUCAGGGACCUGGCUCAGCCUUGAGAUUGCCAGCAGACACAACAAGGGGUGGGCACUGGGGGCAGGAGCAGAGCCGCGCAGAUACCCAGCCCCAGCCUGCCACUAGGACCCUUCAUGCUCUGAACUGAGGUCAUGGACCGCACAGUAGUGCUCAUAACCGGCUGCUCCUCCGGAAUCGGCCUGCACUUGGCUGUUCGUCUGGCUUCUGACCGGUCCCAAAACUUCAAAGUGUAUGCCACACUGAGGGACCUGAAGGCACAGGGACCCCUGUUGGAGGCAGCCCGGGCUCGAGGAUGCCCGCCUGGCUCCCUGGAGACAUUGGAAUUGGAUGUCAGGGAUUCAGAAUCCGUGGCCGCUGCCCAGGCAUGUGUGACCGAGGGUCGUGUGGAUGUGCUGGUGUGUAAUGCUGGCCGGGGCCUGUUUGGGCCGCUGGAGGCGCAUGAACUGGAUGCGGUUGGCGCUGUGCUGGAUGUGAAUGUGGUCGGGACGGUUCGGAUGCUGCAGGCCUUUCUGCCAGACAUGAAAAGGCGCCACUCCGGGCGUGUGCUAGUGACUGCGAGUGUAGGAGGUUUGAUGGGGCUGCCAUUCCACGAAGUCUAUUGUGCUAGCAAGUUCGCGCUCGAAGGUUUGUGCGAGAGUCUAGCGAUCCUGCUGCCACCCUUUGGAGUCCACGUGAGCCUCAUCGAGUGCGGGGCAGUGCACACCGCCUUCCAUGAGAAGCUAGAGGGUGGCCCGGGCGGGGCUCUGGAGCGUGCAGAUGCCCAGACCCGCCACCUCUUCGCGCACUACCUGCGUGGCUAUGAGCAAGCUCUGAGCGAGGCGCAGGACCCAGAGGAGGUGACGGAGCUCUUCCUGACGGCACUGCGAGCCCCACAGCCAGCCCUGCGCUACUUCUCCACCGACCGCUUCCUGCCGCUGGCCCGAAUGCGCACAGAGGAUCCCAGCGGUAGCAGCUAUGUCGCCACCAUGCACCAGGAAGCCUUCGCUGGCCUGCAGGCGCAGGAGGGUGCGGAGGCUGGAGCUGGAGUUCCAGACCCGGACACAGCCUCCAGCUCCCUCUUUUGCCUCCCCGGGUGCGCGACCCCUGGCGUGACAUCUGAAUUGUACUGGCCUGCAUCGGAUAAACUGGGUCAGGAUAAACCAUGUUACCAGCAAAAGAACUAAGCCAGGGUCUCCUUUUUCCUUAUUUUAGAAUUUGUUUUGUUUUUGACAGGGAUUCACUAUGUAGCCUUGGCUGGUUUCUUAACUCAUGCAGAUCUCCCUGCCUCUGCUUCCUGAGCAUUGGAAUCAAAAGCCUGUGGUCAAGAUUAAGGGCUAAUACGUAUAGCUAGAGGCGCUAGGUUAAGUUGUCUUCUUCUUCUUCUUCUUCUUCUUCUUCUUCUUCUUCUUCUUCUUCUUCUUCUUCUUCUUCUUCUUCUUCUCCUCCUCCUCCUCCUCCUCCUCCUCCUCCUCCUCCUCCUCCUCCUCCUCCUCCUCCUCCUCCUUCUUCUUCUGUGGAGGGGGACACAUUCAGCCAUGGCACAGAGGGCAGGGGGCAGGCAACAACUUAGUUCUCUCUCCCACCAUGGACUUCAAGGAUUGGACUCAUUCUUUGGGUUUGAACUGGAAAUGCUCUAAUGGAUGAGCCUGCAAGUUGGGGAAGGUUUUAAUUGGGAUCAGCGCAGUCAUGGUUGAAUCAGUGUCUUAUGUAACCCAGACUGGCUUUGAACCUGCUAUGUAGCUGAGAAUGACUUUUGAAAUUUC